AUGAGUCAUCUUCCAGGAGUAUUGUUCUUCUGGAAAGAUCCGGAAAGACCAAUUGAUAUGAUACUUCUCCAGUCAGAGCAGUCCAAGGGUUUUGUUGUCAUAGAUACUAGCGUGUUUUUUCCUUCUGAUGUAUUCUCUUUACAAUGGCUAUCCGGAUUAGUCCAGACAAUAUUGCCAAAAAUAUUUCCUACAAUUAAACAAGACCAUCAACAUGAUGAAUAUUCAUCUGCCAAACACGCAAUUAAUCAAGAACCUCUAUCUCUUGGCGCCAUCAUUGACAUGGUUAUAUCAACUCUUGACAAGUACUAUCUAGGUCUACAAAUAAAUUGA